AUGCCAUCUGCAGCUCAAGUAUCUCAGAAGCAGAAGGGAGGGAAACAAAAGUUGGCUCCUGAAAAGGAAAGGUUCAUCCAAUGUUGUGGUGACAUCUCUUUGGAGUUGGUUGCAUCUUUGAAAAAUUCCAAAGAUAUCAACUUGAACGGGUUAAUCACCAGAUACGCUAAGAAGUAUAAGUUGAAGCAACAGCCUAGAUUGACCGAUAUCAUUUCAUCUAUUCCAGAUCAAUAUAAAAAGUAUUUGAUUCCAAAAUUAAAGGCUAAACCAGUUAGAACUGCAUCUGGUAUUGCGGUUGUGGCCGUGAUGUGUAAACCACAUAGAUGUCCUCAUAUUGCUUAUACUGGUAACAUUUGUGUUUAUUGUCCAGGGGGACCCGAUUCUGAUUUUGAAUAUUCAACCCAAUCAUAUACCGGUUAUGAACCAACAUCAAUGAGAGCUAUUAGAGCUAGAUAUGAUCCAUAUGAACAAGCUAGAGGUAGAGUGGAACAAUUGAGACAAUUAGGUCAUUCAAUUGAUAAAGUUGAAUAUAUUAUUAUGGGUGGUACUUUCAUGUCUUUACCAAUUGAUUAUAGAGAAGGCUUCAUCACUCAAUUACAUAAUGCUUUAACCGGGUUUAAUGGUAAAAAUAUCGAUGAAGCUAUUAAGUUUUCUCAACAAUCUCAAACAAAAUGUGUCGGUAUUACUAUUGAAACCAGACCUGAUUAUUGUACUGAAACUCAUUUAAGUGAUAUGUUAAAGUAUGGUUGUACUCGUUUAGAAGUUGGGGUUCAAUCGGUUUAUGAAGAUGUAGCAAGAGAUACCAAUAGAGGUCAUACCGUUAAAUCAGUAUGUGAAACUUUUGCGGUGGCUAAAGAUGCUGGUUAUAAAGUCGUUAGUCAUAUGAUGCCGGAUUUACCAAACGUUGGUAUGGAAAGAGAUUUAGAACAAUUUAAAGAAUAUUUUGAAAAUCCAGAAUUCAGAACUGAUGGUUUAAAAUUAUACCCAACUUUAGUCAUUCGUGGUACUGGUUUAUAUGAAUUAUGGAAAAAAGGUUUAUAUAAAUCUUAUAAUGCCAAUGCUUUAAUUGAUUUGGUGGCUAGGAUUUUGGCUUUAGUUCCUCCUUGGACUCGUAUUUAUAGAGUUCAAAGAGAUAUUCCAAUGCCUUUAGUUACUUCUGGGGUUGAAAAUGGUAAUUUAAGAGAAUUGGCUUUGGCAAGAAUGAAAGACUUUGGUACUUCUUGUAGAGAUGUCCGUACAAGAGAAGUUGGGAUUCAAGAAGUUCAUCAUAAAGUUGCCCCCGACCAAGUUGAGUUAAUUAGAAGAGAUUACUAUGCUAAUGGUGGUUGGGAAACUUUCUUAUCUUAUGAAGAUCCUAAAAAAGAUAUCUUAAUUGGUUUAUUAAGAUUACGUAAAGCAUCAAAGAAGUACACUUAUCGUAAAGAAUUCACAAGUCAACCAACUUCCAUUGUUAGAGAAUUACACGUUUAUGGUUCAGUUGUUCCAUUACAUUCAAGAGAUCCAAGAAAAUUUCAACAUCAAGGUUUUGGUACUUUAUUAAUGGAAGAAGCUGCUAGAAUCGCUAAAGAAGAACAUGGAUCAGAAAAAAUUAGUGUCAUUUCUGGGGUUGGUGUUAGAAAUUACUAUGCAAAAUUAGGUUACCAUUUAGAUGGUCCUUUCAUGUCAAAAAUGCUUUAUGAUGAUGAAUAA